CCGCGUGUCCUCUCCAUCCAGUCGCACACGGUGCACGGCUACGUCGGCAACAAGUCCGCCGUCUUCCCGCUCCAGCUCCUCGGCUUCGAGGUGGACCCGAUCAACUCGGUUCAGUUCAGCAACCACACCGGCUACGCUGGCGGCUUCCGCGGCGAGGUGCUGCAGGGCGCGCAGUUGACCGCGCUGGUGGACGGGCUCCACAGCAACGGCCUCCUCGAGGGGUACGCCUGCGUUCUCACUGGCUACAUCGGCUCAGCCUCCUUCCUGCACGCCGUCCUCGACGUGCUGCGCCGGCUGCGCGCGGCGUCGCCAGAGGUGGCCUACUUUUGCGACCCGGUGAUGGGCGACGGCGGCAAGCUGUACGUGCCCGCCGAGCUGCUCGCCAUCUACCGCGACCAGGUGGUGCCUCUCGCCGCCGUGCUCACGCCGAACGGGUACGAGGCGGAGCUGCUGACCGGGAGGAGCAUCCUCUCGGAGGCGGAGGCACGCAGCGCGUGCGAGGCGCUGCACGAGCGCGGCCCGCACACGGUGGUCAUCACCUCGAUUGCGCUGCCCGGCCGGGACGACGAGCUGCUCAUGCUCGCCUCGCGACGAGACGGUGCCGCGAGCCGGCAGUGGGCGCUGCGGCUGCCGCGGCUGCGUCAAGACUUCACGGGAACGGGCGACCUGACGGCGGCUCUGCUGCUCGCGUGGAUGCAGCGGCUACCG